UUCAGAAUAUUUUUUCCUCUAGGUUCUAAAGACCAUGAUAAACCCCAUGGUGGCCAGCGUGUGGCAGAAAGAAAUUGAAGAAAGUUAUGAAGUCAAAACUGUGGGUAAUUUGGCCUCUAAAACAGAGACAGAGGUCAAUAAGUUGCCUUUUAAGUCUCCUGUGGUUUCCAAUGUCUACAAGGCGCUCAAUAGCUAUUAUUUCAGAAAGAUUGUCAACAUGGAGGAUAGCUAUGAACAGAUUAAAGAGCUAUUUAAUAUCGCUGAGGAUAAGGUAAAAAUUGCGAGUUUUAUUUUGAGUUCCCUUCCAAAACUCGACGUUCAGCAGCUCUUGAAAAUUGCAAUAUUCAAACAAACGAUAUAAAAGAUUUCAUACAAAAAAAAUGGGAAAGAUAAAGUUUUGGAAGUUAUGCGCGAAUUAUACCCAGAAACAAACAUUAGUACUAGUAGUAAUAAAAGUACCAAGAUUACAAAUGAAACCACACUGGCCCAAGAGUUAGCGAUAAAAGUACAAAACAACUCCUGGACUUUCAGGAAAACAUCUUCAGCAAUAUGUCUGAAAGAGGAAAACAUGAUACAUACGUCAAAAUCUUCAAAUUUCUAUCGGAUAAAAUUCCGGAACACAGGCUUCUUGAAUUGCACAUCGACGUCUUAAAAACGAUUCAAAUGAAGAAACCGUAGAAUAUUAAGAAACUAUUUAAUGAAUUUUAAUAUUAUUACUUAAAUAAUAAUAAAUGUGUAACUAAAUAUGUAGACUGUUUAGGGUAGCUUAACAAGAGGAUUUACUU